AUGGCGGUGCCUUUGUUUUGUUUUUUCUGUUUUUCUGUUUUUUGUUACGAGAACACGACACCUCAUUCCCCAGGCAGCAAGGCACCAAUGGGGCGUUUGACAACUUCCCCCUCAUUCUUCUUGAAAUCUGGAAUUUUCAUGUCAAGUCUUGAAGUCGACGGUCUCUCCGUCACUUAUUCUAGUGAUCGCACCGGAUCCCCGGAUCUGCGGCUGAUCCACUACAAUGAUGUCUAUCAUGUCGAAUCGGGCUCUGCAGAACCUAUCGGCGGUGUAUCACGGUUCCAAUCUCUUGUAAAUUAUUACCGUUCCCACUCACAGUUCGCCGGGCAACCCGAUAUCUUGACAUUCUUCUCCGGCGAUGCAUUCAACCCGAGUAUCGAAAGUACAAUCACCAAGGGCAGGCAUAUGGUUCCAUUUCUGAACACCGUGGGCACCGAUGUGGCAUGUGUCGGUAACCACGACCUUGACUUUGGAGUGCCCCAAUUCCGCCAUUUAGCAAGUCAAUGCCAUUUUCCUUGGCUAUUGGCAAACGUCCUUGAUCCAGCACUGGGGGAGGACACCCCGAUCGCUGAUUGUGGAAAGACCCGCAUGCUGACUUCAUCAAAUGGAUUCAAGAUUGGCGUCCUAGGUCUCGGAGAACGAGAAUGGCUCGACACCAUCAACGCGCUUCCGCCAGACCUGAUCUAUCAAUCUGCAUCUCAGACAGCCCAGAAACUUGCGAAACAACUCCGAGAAGAGGGAGCAGAUCUUGUUAUUGCAGUGACCCAUCAACGCGAGCCGAAUGACUAUAAGUUGGCAAAUAAUCUCUCGCCCGCUCUAGUUGAUAUCAUUCUCGGAGGUCAUGAUCAUUUCUAUGCCCAUGCCGUGGUCAAUGGAAUCCAUGUCAUUCGGUCGGGGACUGAUUUCAAACAACUGAGCUACAUCGAAGCAUUUCGCAAACAAGGUGGUCUGCCUGGUUGGGAUUUCAACAUCACGCGACGAGAUGUGGUUCGCUCCAUUCCCGAGGACCCUGACACAGUGGCCAUGGUGGCCCGACUCGGUGCGAGCCUCAAGGCCAAACUAGACAAACCCAUCGGCUUUACGGUCAGCCCACUGGAUGGCCGUUUCUCGACUGUGCGCCAGCGCGAGUCGAAUCUUGGCAAUUUUGUCUGUGACCUGAUGCGAUUCUACUAUGCGGCGGACUGUGCCAUGAUGGCCGGCGGAACCAUUCGCGGUGAUCAAAUAUACCCUCCGGGGAUUCUCAAGUUGAAGGAUCUGUUGAACUGUUUCCCAUUCGAGGAUCCUGUGGUUCUGUUACGCGUUCCUGGCCAUGCCUUGUUGGCCGCGUUGGAGAACGGAGUAAGCCAGCUUCCCGCACUUGAGGGCCGGUUCUCACAAGUCUCUAAUAUCAGUUACGGGUUCAAAUUGGAAGCACCCUCGGGAUCUCGAAUAACAUUUGCUCGGGUUGGGGGUGAGCCCAUUGACCUGGAGCGUGAUUAUGUUGUCGCCACACGCGGGUACAUGGCUCGCGGCAAAGACGGAUUUACAUCCUUAUUGAUCGAGGCCGAAGGAGGCGAAGUGGAAGAGCUUGUGAGUGAAGAAAACGGUGUGCUCAUUAGUACAAUCCUUCGACAAUAUUUUCUCAGUCUCAAAGUCCUCGGGAAAUGGAAUCGCUGGAGCGCCAGUCUUCGCCGACAUUGGGGCACUGUGCAUCUGAAUUUGCACGGCGAUGGCUGGCUCAAGCCGCCUUCUGCCAACACAUCGCCUAAGAGUGAGAAGAAGACGCCCGAGAAGAGGCUUGAACGACCUACACUUCAGCGGACGUCCCGGGCAGCGCACUACUAUGGCCGGUUCCCAGAGGAAGUGGAGCAAGAUAUCCAGGGUGGCACGGAGAACGAAACGAAUGGCAAUGCCAUGGACUCCGACUCCGAUGAGGAUCCUGACAUUCUGACAUCGUCCCGACCAACCACCAACUACGUUACUCAACCUGCUCAGUCCUCCGCCGAGGAGGAGCAUCGUCUACAAGUAGCACGACGGGUUGUUCGCAAGUGGAUGCGGCAUGCAGGCUUGCAGUCUGACAAUUUGAACACCAUGGACGGCGAAGGGGAGUUUACCCCAGCUUGGACAUCGGGUAUCUCCCCUCGGCUGGAAGGGCGCAUUGUGCAAGAGUAA